AUGGCUGCAUCACUUUGCAUUUCCACCAAUGGUGUGUUUCUGUGGUUGGCAGGGAUUAAGAGAAGAGUCCCAAUGCAUAGCCCGAGAUGUUUCCUCUCCAGGGUGGGUCUCCUCCCCAAACCAGGAUCGCUCCCCUGGUGUGCCACAAAGCCUCCGGGUUGGUCACAGCUCUUUUUGGGCUCAGCAUGUGAGGGAAACUUCACCGACAUGAUACCCAAGAAGUGUCAAAGAGGACAGAAAAGUCAGAAGAAACCAAGCCAUGUUGGACCACUUGAUGGUUCCUGGCAGGAAAGGCUGGCUGAUGUUGUGACGCCACUCUGGAGGCUGAGCUAUGAGGAACAGCUCAAGGUAAAAUUUGAAGCUCAGAAGAGAAUUUUACGGAGACUAGAGUCUUACCUCCAAAAACUCAAUGGAGUCAAUGUGACAACAUCUGCACCCAGAGCUGAGGGGCUCUCUUGUCUUCUCCAUCCUAUUAUACCCUCUCCUGUCAUCAAUGGCUACCGAAAUAAGUCCACCUUCUCUGUGAACCAAGGUCCAGAUGGCAAUCCGAAGACCGUGGGGUACUACCUGGGAACUUGGAGAGACAGAAGCAUCGUCUGUGUACAGUCUAACCAUCUGAAAAACAUCCCUGAGAAACACAAUCAAGUGGCACAGUACUAUGAAGUAUUCCUUCGACAGUCCCCAAUGGAGCCCUGCCUUCUGUUCCAUGAAGGUGGGUACUGGCGUGAGCUCAUAGUCCGCACCAAUAGCCAAGGGCACACAAUGGCCAUCAUCACUUUCCAUCCCCAGGAAUUAAGACAGGAGGAGCUCAAUGUUCAGAAGGAGGCUGUCAAAAAGUUUUUCACUACUGGGCCAGGAGCAGUCUGUGACUUGACAUCACUUUACUUCCAGGAAAGCACUAUGACGCGUUGCAGCCAUCAGCAGUCCCCCUAUCAGCUCCUAUUUGGGGAACCCCACCUCUUUGAAGAUCUCCUGGGCUUGAAGAUCCGCAUCUCUCCAGAUGCCUUUUUCCAAAUUAACACUGCUGGUGCAGAGGUGCUAUAUCGGACAGUGCGGGAGCAGAGCGGAGUGAACUCUAACACCAUCCUCCUUGAUAUCUGCUGUGGAACUGGUGUGAUUGGUUUCUCUCUGGCUCAGUAUGCCUCGCAGGUCCUUGGGAUUGAGUUGGUGGAACAGGCAGUAGAAGAUGCCAGGUGGACUGCAGCCUUCAAUGGCAUCACGAACUGUGAAUUCCACGCUGGUCGAGCAGAGAUUUUACCACAGCUACUAAAGUCAAAGGAAGAUGGGCACUUCAUUGUUGCUGUGGUGAACCCAGCCCGGGCAGGACUGCACUAUCAGGUGGUUCAAGCCAUUUGAAACUGCAGGGCUAUCCGCACACUGAUUUUUGUUUCCUGCAAGCCCCAUGGUGAAACCACAAGGAACAUCAUUGAGCUGUGCUGUCCUCCAGACUCUGCUAAGAAGCUUGUUGGUGAGCCUUUUGUCCUGAGAAAAGCUGUGCCUGUGGAUCUCUUCCCCCACACCCUACACUGUGAGCUGGUGCUCCUCUUUGCUCGAUAA